GGUUCGAGUCCCGUGUGCUGCCUGGCCACAUGGAUUUUGUCUAGUAAAAUUUACUUUAAUAUAUAUCUUCAACUUUAUUUUCUGUUCUGUGGGUUUGAGGCUGAAAAUCUAAUGAACCUCGAGAUUGUAAAUGUUAUGUUUCUAACCUAAGUUACAAGUCUUUGAUUUUUAUUCAUAAUUGUUUUUAUACGGUUUCUCUUUCAAGGAUGGCAUACGAAUUUUAUAAGUAUUGUAGAAUUCCGGAUCCUAAUUAUAUUCAGGAUUAAGAUUUAUAUUGAAAUUUGGUAGGCAACACUGUGUAGGGAACGAAGUUAUAAUUUAUUGAAAUUUCUCUAAAAAUCUUUUUUUAAGUGUUUAUGUUAUAAUAAAAUUGUAAAAAAUUCUACAGUAUGUUUUUUAUUAAGCGUAAGAUCUACUCAACAAGGCAAAUUAGUGGUUUUCUAGCGAAAUCUUGCCGAUGUUUUUCCGAUUCAGUGAGACUAGUUAAUAUUAAAAAUAAAAUUAAAGAGGGCCCAGGUCUGAAAGAGUUCAUAGAACAUUCAGCCGAGCCCGUGUUAUUAGAUCGUCCUCGCAUACCUUAUUUAUCCAACAACAUCUUAGACACCUCAAAACGGAAAGUUUAUUUCGAUGUUUAUGGAUGUCAGAUGAACCUAAGCGAUACCGAUAUCGUAUGGUCUAUAUUAAAAAAAGAGGGUUUCGAGAAGACCGAGGUGGAAGAAGAAGCGGACAUAUUCCUUGUGAUGACGUGCGCUAUACGGGAAAACGCUGAAACAAAGAUUUGGCAUCGUUUGGAUCAUCUGAGGGGCUUCAAAAGACGGCGGGAACUUUCUAAGAAUAAACUGAGACCUGUGAAGAUUGGAUUACUCGGUUGCAUGGCUGAAAGGCUCAAGGAGAAGUUGAUUGAGAAGGAAAAGGCAGUUGAUGUAGUGGCUGGGCCAGACAGUUACAGAGACUUGCCCAGGCUUCUAGCUCUCACGGAGAGUGGACAGACUGCUGUUAAUGUCUUACUAUCAUUGGAUGAGACGUAUGCUGAUGUUGUGCCAGUGAGACUCAACCAGGAUAGUGUAUCUGCUUUCAUCUCUAUAAUGCGGGGUUGUGACAAUAUGUGUACAUACUGCAUCGUACCGUUCACAAGAGGGAGGGAACGGUCACGACCGGUUGCAUCAAUUGUAGACGAAGUUAGGCAGCUAGCUGAUCAAGGAGUAAAAGAGGUUACAUUGCUGGGACAGAAUGUGAACAGUUAUAGAGACAUUUCGGAACACACUGAGAAGGAUGAGACCAAACUCACUGAAGGUUUUAAGACAGUAUACAAGAGCAAAACGGGUGGUCUGAGGUUUGCAGAUCUCCUGGAUAAAGUGUCAUCUGUAAACCCCGAGAUGAGGAUAAGAUUCACAGCAGCACAUCCCAAGGAUUUUCCAGAUGAGGUGCUGCAAAUAAUAUCGGAGCGUAGUAACAUCUGCAAGCUGCUGCACUUGCCGGCGCAGUCAGGUAGCUCGGCGGUGCUGCAGCGCAUGCGGCGCGGGUACACGCGCGACGCGUAUCUGAGCCUCGUGGAGCACGCGCGAUCUACUAUACCUGGAGUGGGCCUUUCAACGGACAUGAUAUGUGGCUUUUGCGGUGAGACCGAGGAAGAGUUUCAGGAAACGUUGUCUCUCAUGGAAAUUGUAGAUUACAACGUGGCUUUCCUGUUUUCUUACAGCAUGAGAGAGAAAACAACAGCAUACCGGAGAUACAAAGAUGACGUUCCCGAAGAAGUUAAAAGAGAUAGACACUAUCGCAUGAUAGAACUUUACAGGCGUAAAUGUCAAAUAUUAAACGAAGCCGAAAUAGGGAACACACACUUAGUACUAGUAGAAGGUUCUGCGAAGAAGACUGGCCAAAUUAUGGGCAGGAACGAGAUGUAUUUAAAAGUGCUUUUUGACCAAAGCGAGAUUUUGAGCGAAGAUGGCGGCAGAAGGAAAGCGAAGCCGGGGGAUUAUGUAGCUGUGAAGAUUGUAGGAGCAAGAUCUUCUGUACUUAACGGUGUACCUCUGUUUCAUAGUAGUGUUAGGGAAUUUUAUAGAGAUGUAGGUUGGGGUGAACGGACCAAGCUUCGAGUUUAAAUUUAAAUCAGAUAAACAAAUAAUAAAAUGUUUUUUGUAAAUAAUAAAGUGUUUUCUUUUUUAGAAAUAGAACCUACACUGACAUUGAAUAUAAAUAGUUUAAUGCCUCAUCGACAAAGCAGAGGUGAUAAAUACGACUUUGAUAUUAUAUCUUAAAAGAAAAACAACUAUAA